AAUUUUUAACACCGCCUGUUUUAUCAUUACAGAAAACUGAAAUAGCAGAAGCUCUUUGGUAUAGCGCAAUAUUAGUUUCUAAAGAAAGCAUUAAUAUUAGUUUGUUACAAGAAAAAAGUGAGAUUGAUUUUUAUGAAAAUCUUGACAAUUUUCCAGCAACAAAUAUUAAUGAAAUUAUUUCAAGUCUAUCUACUUUAUCUAUUCAAGAAAUUUGGAAAACUACUCAUUUAACUCUUAUAUACCCGGAUUCUGGUAUUGCUUUUAAUAUAUCAAACACACUUAACAAUCGUCGUGCAUAUGGAGUUACUAAUGGUCUCUGUAAAAAAGCUAUGGCUGUUGGAUUGGAUGCUGGCUCUGCUGCAAUGGAAACACUUAAUAAGUUUCUAGAGAAUUUUAUUCAACAAUAUUCUGUCGUUAAUACUGUUUUAAGUGAAAUUCAAGAUAAUGAAUUAAGUGAUUUAGAUGAUCAAAAAAAUAUCGCACCAUUUGAUGUAUCUUCUAUACAAAAUCCGAUGAUUAAAAAAAGAAAAGAAGCACCAAGAAUCAAGCGUAUUAAAAGUUCUCUUGAAACAAAAAAAAUUCAAUCAAAUACCAAGAAAGACAAAGCCACGCGUUUUUGUUCUCACUGUAAGCAGCCUAAUCACUAUGCUAAAACUU